AUGAAUAAGGUUGUUUUAGUGACGGGGGCCAACAGUGGCAUCGGCCUGGCUUUGUGUGAGCGUCUCCUCGGCUCUCAGGAUGCCGGGGGGCUCCACCUGUGUCUGGCCUGUAGGAGCACGCGGCGGGCUCAGGCCGCUCGCGCCGCCCUGCUCGGCGUCCACCCCUCAGCACAAAUCACGCUGCUGCACAUAGACACCAGCAGCAUCAGUUCGGUGCUCGGUGCUGCACGGGAGCUCCGACUCAGGUUUACCCGGCUGGACUAUGUCUACCUAAAUGCAGGCAUCAUGCCAAACCCGCAGUUUGACUUCAAGGCUUUCUUCAAAGGCCUCUUUUCCAGCAACAUCAUCACCAUGUUUUCAACCGGCGAGGGCAUCCUGACACAGAAGGGUGGAGUAACUCCAGAUGGCUUGCAGGAAGUAUUCGCCACCAACCUCUUUGGUCACUUCCUCCUCAUCAGAGAGCUCGAGCCGCUUCUUUGCCAAGCCGGCCGGACCUCUCAGCUCAUCUGGACCUCCUCCAGUAACGCUCGCCGCUCGGCUUUUAGCCUGGAAGACGUGCAGCACCGCAGAGGCCGCGAGCCGUACAGCUCGUCCAAAUACGCCUCCGACCUGCUCAGCCUGGCCCUCAACACACACUACAAUAAGCAGGGCUUGUACUCCUCUGUGAUUUGUCCUGGCUUUGUGAUGACCAACCUGACCUAUGGCAUCCUGCCUUCCUUCCCAGCAUUCCUAUGGACCCUGCUUAUGCCUCUCUUAUGGCUUAUCAGAGUGUUUACCAACACUUUUACCCUGACAGCUUACAACGGAGCUGAAGCCCUGUUUUGGAUUUUUCUGCAAAAACCUGAAAGACUGGACCCGCGGGCCAAAUACCAUAGUUUAACAUCUGGCCUCGGCCAUAACUACACGCAGCCUCAACGGAUGGAUGUCGACUUGGACACGUCAGAGGCGCUCUAUGACGAGCUGCUGCAGUUGGAGCGGGAAGUCGGGAGGAAACAAAUAUCAUCUUAACAAUAGGCCCCUAACCACUGCUUCCUGGUUUUCUCCAGAGUCACUGUAUAGGAGGUACGUCAGAAAGGUUGCAGGACUGGUGUCACAAAAGAUAUAUUUUAACAACAGACUACAGUUUUUCCUUUUGGAAGUAA